UGUGCGAGCAAACCGUAAGCACUGAUGAUAAGUUCAGUCCUUGAGUCCGCAGACAGUAUUUGACCGCGUGCACAAGGCGACGAUACUACUGAUGUAAAAUGCAAGAUGGUGUCCUGGCUCGUCAAGGAUGCCGUCAGAGGCGUACUACUGCAUAUAAUCACACGGCGGGCGCCAAAGGGCAUCAAGGUGGCGCUGUCCGGUUUUGGAAGACAUGACGAGUGCGGCACAUUCAGUCGGGCUCUGGCUCUCCUUGGAGCGCACAGACGGCGCAAGCCAAUGAAGCUCGCAGAGUGGGCAUGUAUGUCGUCAAACUCCUGCAUCACCGACUCCGCCUUACAUUCCGUGACGAUCGAGCAGCUCCAGGCCGUCAAUGAAGAAUUGCGCCGCAAGAAGCUCGAGGCGGAGAAGGAUCGUGACCUCUUCCGCGAGAUGUACAGCAAGGCGUCCUCGCACGUGGGCGAGGUUACGAAGGAGAACAACGAGCUUCUCGAGCGUGUCGAGCGCGCAGAGGCGCAGGUGCAGGACGGGUUGCGGAUGAUCGAGGGGACGCUCGAGGAGCGGAUCCGGUUGCUCGAGGCGGAGGCAGAGAAGUGGAAGGGGAAGGCCCUGGUGCUCAUGGCGAGGGACCGGCUGACGUUGGAAAACGAGGAAUUAAGGAGACGAGCUGCGUCGGAGCCGGAGUUGCGAGAGGAGAACGAGAGGCUGCAGGAAGAGCUGCAGAAGCUGCAGCGGGAUUAUGACAAGCUGGAGGCGAUCCUCGCGCAGAUUGGGGAGCAGGAGCUGGGAGAUUCCGCGCCACCAACACCGAUGCUAGAAGUGCCGGGCCGCCCAGUGCCUCGUAUAACGAGGAUAUCAUCCACAACUGUCCACGUUCUCACUUGAAGUGAAGAACAGCUGUAGCAAUGAAGUUUCUCAACCGUCUGUAUGGUGAAGUCAUUGGGGUUUGGUCAUAUACACGGGUUUCUCCGCCUGACUGCCAGUGGCGGCCAACCAAAGCGAACCACUUCUGACUCGGUAUUGGCAUGAAUUUAAUGAUUUACAGGUCGCUCG